AAUUGCAAGCAGUUCUGUGAUUUUGCUUCAGGGUACAGCUAGCGAGGCGACAUUAGUGGCCUUGCUUGGAGCUAAAGCGAAAGCUGUUCGCAGAGUGAAACAGGAGCAUCCGGAUUGGAGCGAAGCAAUCAUCACAUCCAAACUAGUGGGCUACGCAUCCAAUGAGGCACAUUCUUCAGUGGAGAGAGCCGGGCUCUUGGGUGGCGUGAAGCUGCGACUUCUGCCUGCAGACGAGAACCUCAGGUUGCGGGGGGAGACCCUGGAGUUUGCCAUGCAGGAGGACCGACGCAACGGGCUUAUUCCUUUCUAUGCCGUAGCGACUUUGGGUACUACAAACGCUUGCUCCUUCGACGCGUUGGACGAGAUGGGUCCGGUGUGCAAUAAGGAAGACGUUUGGCUGCAUAUCGACGCUGCUUAUGCAGGCUCCGCCUUCAUAUGCCCGGAGUUCCGCUACCUCAUGGCCGGAAUAGAGCACGCAGACUCUUUCAACUUCAACCCUCAUAAGUGGUUGCUUGUGAAUUUCGACUGCUCUGCGAUGUGGUUGAAAGAUCCUACGUACGUUGUAAACGCUUUCAAUGUGGACCCACUGUACUUGAAGCAUGACCAGCAAGGGGCAGCACCUGACUACAGGCACUGGCAGAUUCCAUUGGGACGUAGGUUCCGGGCUCUGAAACUGUGGUUCGUGCUGAGGCUAUAUGGAGUCAGCAACCUGCAGGCCUUCAUAAGGAAACACGUGGCUCUAGCUCAUGAGUUUGAGGACCUCGUCCGCAAGGAUAGCCGGUUCGAAAUCGUCUCAGAAGUUGUACUUGGUCUUGUCUGUUUCAGACUCAAGGGCUCCAAUGAGAGGAAUGAAAAUCUACUGAGGCGUAUUAACGGCCAUGGUGUGAUCCAUCUGGUGCCAUCCAAGAUCGGUGACAUAUAUUUCCUGCGCCUGGCUAUCUGUUCGAGAUUCAGCGAGUCUCGGGACAUACAGCUGUCGUGGAAGGAAAUUCAAAACCUGGCCGACGAUGUUCUGGCUGAGGACCAGCCGGGAAAGUGAUUGAAGGCUGCUUUGCAACGAAAAUGUCACGCUCUUGGCUGCUCCCAAUCGUAAACCCAUUAUCCAUCCUCGUCAAAACUUUGCUCUCUGAGUCACUAGCAUAAACACAAGCAAAAUUACUCUAUUAAGGAACAAAAUUAUUCAUACUGAUAUGUUGGGAUUUUGGACUUUAUCCAUCGUCCUGGUUUUUAAGAUAACAAAUAAAAACACGACG